CAAACUAAAGAUUUUUUUUUUUCGCUAAAAGUUUUUUUUUAUUCCCUACUCUUAACAGAAAAGAAAUAUAACCAAAGAUGAGUUUAGUCGAUAAAAUCAAGGAAGUCGAAAAUGAGAUGGCCAAAACCCAAAAGAACAAGGCCACUUCUUUCCAUUUGGGUCAAUUGAAAGCAAAGCUUGCAAAGUUGAAGCGUGAUUUGCUUACUCCCACCAGUGGUGGUGGAGGUGGACCAGGUGUUGGUUUCGAUGUUGCUAAGACUGGUGUUGCCCGUAUUGGUUUUGUCGGUUUUCCUUCCGUCGGUAAGUCCACACUCAUGUCUAAGCUUACCGGUACCGCUUCCGAAGUCGGUGCUUAUGAGUUCACAACUCUUACAACUGUUCCUGGUAUUGUCCAGUAUAAGGGUGCUAAGCUCCAGAUUCUCGAUCUUCCCGGUAUCAUUGAAGGUGCCAAGGAUGGUAAGGGUAGAGGUCGUCAAGUUAUUGCUGUUGCACGUACUUGUUCACUUAUUUUCAUUGUGCUUGAUGUUCUCAAGCCCAUGACUGAUAAAAAAUUGAUCGAGAAGGAAUUGGAAGGUUUCGGUAUUAGAUUGAACAAGAAGCCUCCUGCUAUUAUUUUCAAGAAGAAGGAGAAGGGUGGUAUCAGUAUUUCCAACACUGUCCCUCUUAACAACAUUACAGCUGAUGAAGUCAAGGCUGUUUUACAUGAAUACCGUAUUCAUAAUGCUGAUAUCUCUUUCAAGGAGGAUGCUACUAUUGAUGAUCUUAUUGAUGUUGUUGAAGGCAACCGUAUCUAUAUCCCAUGUGUUUAUGUUCUUAACAAAAUCGAUCAAAUUUCCAUCCAAGAGUUGGAUCUUAUUUACAAGAUUCCUAACGCCGUUCCUAUCUCUUCAAAUCAUGAAUGGAAUUUCGAUGAAUUGUUAGAAGUUAUGUGGGAAAAGUUGAACUUGGUCAGAAUUUACACUAAACCCAAGGGUCAAUUACCAGAUUAUGAACAACCCGUUGUCAUGACACAACAAAAGAACACCGUCGAAGAUUUCUGUAACAGUAUCCAUAAAUCUAUUAUGGAUCAAUUCAAAUGUGCAUAUGUUUGGGGUGCUUCCGUCAAGCAUAACCCUCAAAAGGUCGGUAAGGAGCAUGUCCUCAUGGACGAAGAUGUUGUCCAAAUUGUCAAGAAGGUUUAGAUUGGCCUUCUUUACUAAUAAAAAUCACGAAUCCAAAAUAAAAAUAAAGAAACUCUCAAUUAAUACAAUAAAUAAAGCGUUGAGCGCAAAUUAUUUGUCAAGCCAGA